UAAUUUAUGAGCAAACUUGAUAAUCUAAAAGUAAUAUGUCUUUUUAUAUGAAAUCAGAAACUCUAAAUUUAGUAGCUUAAAGAAGUUAAUCCAGAACAUAGUGAUUAGACAACUGCAGUAAAGUUUACAUCAAAUCGUUUAAAUGCUCUUGAAUAAUUUGUUAGAGAUUCUUUACAUUAAGAUAAGGAAUACUUUGCAGGAGAGGUAAUAUAGUAAAUGAAUUUAGAAAACUACUCUUUAAAAUAUUAUUGAGACCCUUACAAUUGAGAGCAAUCGACUCUAAUAACAUUUACAAGUGAACAGAGAAUCAAAAUAAUAAGUAAUAAUAGUGAAUAUAUCUGUUAGAUUGAAGCAGACCUAAAAUUAUCUGAAGAAGAAAUUGCUAAAUUACAAGCUGUAGUUCCCAAACAUGAUGAAAAAUAACUUCAAAAUGAGAUUUAAGAGACAAAAAAGACUAUAAUUAAGCUGAACAAAAUGAGAUAAGAUGAAGCCAAUGGAUUGAAUAUCAAUGAUUUAAGUAAAUAUCAAUUUAAAUUAAUAGAGUAAUUGAACAUAAAGAACAAAGAUAAAGAGAGUCCUGUUAAUGAAUUAUGGAUUUGGUCUUUGGUUGUGAUUUAUAAAGAACCAGCCUCAAGUUAUUAUUGGAACAAUUUCAAAGUAUAUAUAUAUAAUUUAAAUAUCUUUUAAGGAAUAAGUCUUUGAAAAGGCUGAAGGAGCUUAAGACUUCAAAGAAAGAUUAGGAAAAGUUAAAGCUGUUGACAUGAAAAAAGAUGAAUUUGAAAGAACAUAAAAUUUAUUGAAAUAAAAGGAUUAGAUUUUAGCAUCAGAUAUUUUAACACCAGCAAUCAAAGCAUAAAUUACUAGUUUCUUUAAGAUAGUAGAUUUAAUGGUAGAAGUAGAGAAACAUUCUAAAUUAAUUCAUUCUAAUGAAAAAUUGUUGCAAUAAGUAUUUUAUUAAAUUUAGCAUAGCUUGCCGUUGAAAAACAAUAGAAUUAAUCAGACACAAGUAAAAAUUAGGAAAAGGCUUAAAUAUUAAAAGAUAGAAUAACCUUUUUAGACACAAUACAUAGAGGUUAUUAAUUCAUGUAUGAUGCUAUGACCAAAAAAAUACAUAGCUAUCAACAAGCUCAAAUUUUAAAUGAUAAAUUUACAGAACAAAUAGAAUCAAGUUUUAGUAAUUUAGAUUUUUCUAAAAGUUAUAAUCAAGUAAAAUUUAAUAAUCUAUUUUUAGUAAUAUGUUCCAUAAAUUGUAUAAACAAUAUAACAUGAGAAUAUUGAUGUUUAAGAAAAUCAAUAAAUGAAAGUUUAAUAAGUUGAAGUAGAAGAAUAACAAUAAUAAAUUCAAGAUUAAAAUAAGGUUAUUGAAGUGAAAUAAACUCCUGAAGAAUAAUAGAUUGAUUUGUAAUUAUAAAUUUAUAAUCAUAUUAGAUAAUAAUAACCACCAACUGAAAUAGUCCAAACAAAGACAGGAGGUUGUGAAGCUUGCAAUAUUUUUUGAGAGAAAUGAUAAUCGAUAAUAAAUAUCAUAAUAAAAUUAUAU